CACGCGAUUGCGACUAGUUCUAGAUGCAUAGCGGGAAUUGUGGAAGCAAGGGAAAAAAAAUCCGCGUAAUGCAAUUUCAUCUCAAGCCACAGCAGCAGCGUGGUCGUGGUGGAGCGGGCAAGAAAUGGCGCCUCGGAAUUUCCAUCAUCCUUAUGAGCCCUAUCCGAUCCAGACCCAAUUCAUGACCGCGGUCUAUGAAUGCAUUGAGCAAGGCAAAAUAGGCAUCUUCGAGUCACCCACAGGCACCGGCAAAUCUUUGAGCCUGAUAUGCGGCUCGUUGACCUGGCUGCGGAAUCACAAAGCAAAGGACAUUGAAGCAAGUCUGGAACAAGAUGAACCAGACAUCGAUGAGCCUGAUUGGAUUGUGGAGCACGCUCGCAAAGAGCGCCGUGCGAGGGCUCUGCAACAUCGGCAAGAUCUCGAAGCGCGACUUGCACGUAUACGACAGAAUGAACUGAACCUCCAGAAGAAAUACGAGCGUGGCGAGCCUCCUUCCAAGCGGCAGAAAACUGCUCAAGUCGGCGGAGAUGAGGAAGGCGGCGAGGACCAAUAUAUCCUGGACGAUUAUGAGAGUGACAACGAACGCCAGGGCGGUCGCCAGCUCGGCGCCGCGACAGACUACGGCGUUUCAACAGAGACACAGGCGAUUUUAAAAAGGCUCGGCAUGUUUGCGGGAAUGCAGGCCGAAGAGGACGACAUGGAAAUGCCCGACGAGCUCAAGAUUUUUUACUGCUCGAGAACCCAUUCGCAACUCUCACAGUUUGCAAACGAGCUCCGCCGGGUUCGCAUACCUCCGAUCCUGGUCGACAGCGACGUCAAUCGGUCGGGCGAGGAUGAUGUCUCGGAAGGAAUAAAACAUUUGACGCUGGGCGCGCGCAAGAACCUUUGCAUACAUCCCAAAGUGAGCAGGCUGUCCGGUGCUACCGCCAUCAACGAACGCUGCCUUGAGUUGCAGCAGGCAAAAACAUCCCCUGAUCGUCGAUGUCCGUAUCUGCCGAAGAAGGAAGACCAAGCUCUGGUCAACAACUUCCGCGACCAUGCGCUCGCCAAAAUCAGGGACAUCGAGGAUCUGGGAAACGUUGGGCGCAGGAUUGGGAUCUGCCCUUACUACGCUGCUCGCACGGCCAUAAAGCCGAGCGAGAUCGUGACGCUCCCGUAUCCGUUACUGCUUCAAAAGACUGCUCGCGAGGCUCUGGACAUAUCGCUGAAGAACCACGUCAUCAUCAUCGACGAAGCCCACAAUCUCAUGGACGCGAUCACGGCCAUGUACUCGGCCAGCAUAUCUCUCACCCAGCUCGAGCUAGGACGGUCACAGCUUAUCCUCUACCUUUCAAAAUUUCGCAACCGACUGAAAGGCAAGAAUCGCGUCUACGUGACUCAAAUCGUGCGCGUUCUUGACUCCUUGAUCAGCUAUCUCAAGGCCGAAAACGGGACUGGUGGCCGGCAAGCUGGCGUGGUGCCCGUGUCGGACCUAAUGUCCGGCAAAGGCGUGGACCAGAUCAACCUGUUCAAGCUGUCCAAGUACAUACAGGAAAGCCGACUGGCAAGAAAGGUGGACGGAUACGUGGAGUUCACGGAGAAGGAGGCGCAGAAGAGCGCGGGAGGGAAGGCGUCACACGGCGACCGGGAGCGCUCGACUCCCGUGCUGACGCUCAUCGAGAACUUUCUGAUGGCCCUGAUGAACCCUUCCAAAGAAGGCCGGUUUUUCCUCUUCAAGGCGGAGGACGACCAGGGCGUCGGUCUGCAGUACAUGUUGCUCGAUCCCACCUUUCACUUCCGCGACAUCGUCGACGAAGCGCGGGCCGUGAUCCUUGCCGGCGGCACCAUGUCGCCCAUGGACGACUACAUCAAGCACCUCUUCCCGUACGUGCCGGCGGCACGCAUCAUGACGCUGUCCUGCGACCACGUCAUACCGCCGUCGAACUUGCUCGCCUGGUCCGUCGCGCGCGACAGCGCCGGGCACGAGUUCAGCUUCACGUUCCAGAACCGGGCGUCCGGGUCGACGAUGCACGGCGCCGGCCGGACGCUGAUCGAGCUCGCUCGAGCGGUUCCGGACGGCGUGGUCGCCUUCUUCUCUAGCUACGCUUACCUGGACGCUUGCGUCAAGGCGUGGAGGGAGGCCAGGUCGCAGCAUGCACCUGCGUCCAUGUCGUUAUGGGACGAGCUCAACUCCGUCAAGCCCGUCUUCCUCGAGCCCCGCAGCAGCAGCAGCAGCAGCAGCAGCACAGGCGGCGACUCAGGCUCAAGCUCGAACGGCGCGAAACCCAGCGCCGCGGCAACCGAGGCCCUUCUGGCCUCGUUCGCCAAGACGAUCAGCGAAUCCACCGACGGUCGAGGCGCCCUCCUCCUCUCCGUCGUCAACGGCUCCCUCUCCGAGGGCAUCAACUUCUCGGACCGCCUCGGCCGAGCGGUCGUCGUCUUCGGACUGCCCUUCCCCAACGCCCAGUCCGCAGAGUGGAAGGCCAGGAUGGAGUACGUCGCUGCCAAAGAGGAUGGCGCGGCCGGCGGCAAGGCCGCGGCGCAGGAGUUUUACGAAAACGCGACGAUGAGAGCCGUCAACCAGGCCGUGGGGCGAGCAAUCCGGCACAGGAACGACUACGCCUGCAUCUUCCUGAUCGACAGGCGGUACGGCAGCGAGCGGAUACAGGGGAAACUGCCCGGAUGGAUCAGAGGCAGCCUGAGAACGUGCGACGACAUGCGCGAAGUACUGCAAGGAACGAGGGCCUUUUUCGCAGCUAAGAGAGACGGUCAGAGUCGGUGAUCCCCGACUGCUUCUACUUUACAUUUAUC